AAAACGAAUUUUUUUUUUUCGUCUCCCCUCCUCCAACGAGCGAGAAAAAAAAAAAAAAGAAGGAACCGUUGGGGAAACAUCGUGUUGGCAGCAAAACGACGAGUGUGAACGUGAUUGUUUUGCGUAUGGUUUUAUUGUUUCUUGUUGUGUUGUGUUACAUUUUAACGUUGGAGUGUGUGUCGAUCGCCAAAUUUUGAAUCCAUGGCGUCGGGUGGCCAUCCUCAUCCUACAAUGACGAUGCAUCCAUCCUACAGUGGAGAAGAGGCCAGCAGCAGCAGUAGCCCAUUAGCCGUUUGGACGGCCCAGGUGCCCGCCCUGAGUGCCAAUGGCAUCAAUGGAUCCGAUUUGUGCUGGCAAAUGGUCGAAAGCGGCCAACAGGCCGUUCAGCUGCAAAGGAGACGAAACAGUCAGAAGCUGUUCCACUUGGGUCGAACACUCUUGUUGAAACAUCUGCCACGCGAUGUCAACGAACACGAAAUCAGGGACAUGCUGAACGCCCGGGGACUCAAGUCGUCGAGCGUGACGUUAUCGCCGUGCGGAUCGGGGCCCAACUGGGCGAGGGCCGCUCCACUGGCCGCUGAAAGUCAUGCGGAUUUCUGGGAAGAAUGGAAGCAAUUGUGCCUGCGCGACAAACUGGACGCCUGCACUAUUCGCGGUCACAAGGUCUCGCUUUGUCCGUCACCCUCGGAAAACCUGCUCUGCGUCGCCCGUCUACCGCGCGACCUCCUCGACGACGAGUUUAAAGAGCUCGUCUCAUCUUAUGGUCCAGUUCGCCGUUGUUUCCUUCUUUACAGCGACAAAACCGGCGAGAGCAAAGGCUACGGAUUUGUCGAGUAUCAGAGCAGAGAUUGCGGCCAACGCGCGCGCUCGCAGCUGGACGGGAAAUUGUACGAGGGCCAGGCAUUAGCCUGCGACUGGCUCGACUCUUCCAUCGUCACGCUGGCCGGUCUCCACUCUAAACUGCUCUACGUCGAUUGCCUCCCGGACGGAUUCAGAGACAUGAGCCAAUUUAGGACGCUCUUUUCUCAAGUGGCCAAUCCGCCCUACUGCCAGAUUGCGCUGAAAGGUGGCGCCCCUCAAGAUUGGGGUCUGGUCGAGUUCUCGCAAGCCCAAGAGGCUGAGGACACACUGCGCGUUUUGGAUGGGAAACUCUUUCAUAACUCACCCAUCAGGGUGGCUUUCUUUAUACCGGGCGUUAGAGCCAUCAACAUAUACAUGAAACUUCUGAACGACACGUGUCAGAAUAAGGGAAAAGCUGCUCUACUACCCGAGCCACCCAGCGAUACAGUCUUCCAUCAGUUACAAAACCUGACCAAACAGAAUCCAGCUUUUGUUCACAGUCUGCAGAAUAUCAUUUUAACGCAAAUUCAGCAUCUAAACAACCCGGCCAACAGCACAGGAAACUCCAACAAUUGCCCGGGGGCAAGCUCGGCGGGAACGCAUAAUGGCGCCCAGAGGGCUCAGUCUGGUCACCAGCAAUCUGGCCAUCAACAGCAAGCCAGUAAUGCUUCUCUAGCAGCAAGUGCCCAAGCGGCGCUGUCCAUGUUACUAGCGGCCCAGCAAACUACGCAGCCGAGUCCGGCUGGCAGUACUAGUAGCAAUGGUAGUCGUAGCAACCUUAGUCACGUUAGUCCUCCUCCACCUCCUCCUCAACUGCAACAGGGACCACCUUCGUGUUCCCAACCGCCACCAGCUGCUGGCGGUGGUAGUAGCAGCAGCCGAAUGAUUCAGUCGCAGUAUGGCAACGGUUAUCGACCAGCAACUGGCCAAGCCCAUCAACAGCAACAGCAGACAUUCCCUUGUGGAUUGAUGGAAGCGCCGCCAUUGAAUAUUAACGUACCGCCACCACCUUUCCUUUAUCAUCGACCACCAGAACCCACUCGACCUCUACCUCCACCGCCUCCACCACCUCCUCCUCCUAUGCAGAUGCAGGAACCUGCGGCUGUCAACAACUUGCAACAAACGCUGUCGGCCCUCCUGGGUACGCUCAGUACGGCGGUACAGUCGCUCUCGCCUAACUCCAGUGUACCUCCCCUGACUCAACAACAAACGGCGGCUGGGGCUUUGCUCGGUCUCCUCCUCCAAAUGGUUCAACAGCCCAACAACUCUCCAUUACAGCAACAACAGCAGCAGCCGUCGCCGCUGGCUCCGCUGAGCCUGGCGACCCUGAAUCACGACACGAACGUAUCGUACAGCAACCUCGGCGGCCUGCUGACGACAGCGCCACCUGGCGGUCCUUAUGCGAACUACCUUCCACCUCCGUCACUCAACCACAGCCCAUCAUCGUCCUCUUGUCAAUCGUCGCUAUCGUCGACGUCUUCUUUGGGCGCUUCCACGAAUGUCGGUACGUGGAACCAUAUUCUAGGGCAAGUUCGUUCUCUAGGAAGUGGAGGUCCGAGUUCGUUGGGUUCGGCCGGUUCCAGGGGAUCGUCCCCCACUUCGUCUUCGAGUCCGAGCACAAGCCCAGCUCGUGGUACGGCUAUUUGCGUGGGCAACAAUAACAACAAUAACAAUUUCGCGACGCCCGUUCAACAGCAGGGCACUAAACGGAAAUAUAAUAAUCACGUUUUACCAUCGCCAGAGCCUUCUCCGGAGGCCGGAUAUAUCGGCCAACAUUCUCAAGGCCUCGGCGGACACUAUGCUGACUCUUAUUUCAAAAGAAAGAAGCGCAACUAAUUCUUUUUUAUUUUGUCAAAUACCAACCGUUGAUGACCAUUUAUUUGGCAUUUUUAAUCUCUCCAUUUUGAUGAUCUUCAAUUUGAACCCUCUUUGAAUGUUUUUAACGUUAUUAUUUUACGUGCGCGAUUUUUUUUUUUUUUUUUUUUUUUAAAGGAAAUCACUUCAUUUUUUUUUCCCUUUUUUAAGACGGGGCCUUAUAAAACCUUGUGUGAACAUAGUGAUUGUAAAAGGGAGGAAGACUUCGCUCUAUUCAACUGUAGGAGGUAAUUAAACGAGGCUCUUUUUUAAAUCCAGAAUGCAGUUUACCGCCCACCCCUAUUUUUAAAUUAUUUAAGAAGAA